CACUGUCAUGGCGGAGACUAGCUAAAGCAGGAUGUGAAUUAUGAAGAGGUGACACCGAGUGCGCUUUUAAACAGAAAUUUAAAUAAGUGAACUGGCACAUAGACAACUUUGAGCCACAACUUGUUGUCUGGCAAGCACUACUUGCGUGCCGUCGGACUUUUGUUUCGGGCUGUCCUUUGUUUUGGACUUUCCCACCUAGCUAGCUAGCGAGCUAGAUAGACUAUACGCUCAUUUUACCUGUCAGAUCACAGGAAGCUAGCUUUCUAGCUAGCUAGCUGUGACACCAGGAAGCUAGUGGCGCUGCUACGAGAGUAGCUGCUAUUCAAAAAAAGAAAAGUCGCAGUUGUGUGUCUCUUUUUUAUCAAGGGGCAAGAAGAGACUUUAUCCUUAUCGGGUGGAGGAUUGUUGGCUCGAUUUUGCAAUAUAUGGCAUAACUAGCUUGAAGCUAAAUUGGAAUGAAUAGCUAGCCAACUAAGAUUUUUAUCUUUCAACUUCAAGUUUCAGGAGAGGUGUACAGUUAACAUUCGGCAUUUGGACAGGGGGAAAACCGAAUAGUAGCUAGCUGGUUAGCUAGCUAUUUGGCUAACUCUCAUGUUGCCGUUUUUGAGACUGGAAACUGAGAGUUUAGCUACUGUACUACUACCACCAUGGUGGAAUAACAGUAGCUAGUUCACUAACCAAAAGAGAAGGAUCGAGUGAUUUAUUUUUUUUGCAUUUGCAAGAAGACAUAUUUUGUGCAUUUAUCUACUUGAGAAUAAAAUACAGGAGGAGAUCUUUAUUUUCCCGUCAACUCUUCGUUUCCACGUCCUAGCCUGUUUCCCAAGUGCCUUACAGGUGUGGACCGCACCUCGUCUUUUCGGUUUGAAAUGGCCAGCGAGGAGGUACCGGCUCUUGGACCAGCGGCAGGUGAUGGGGCAGAGAAAGAGGACGGAACUACGACGUUGCCCUUGAAUCCUGGAAUUCCGAUUCGUGGUAUUCGGAUGAAAUUCGCCGUGCUUGGUGGUCUAGUGGAAGUUGGAGAAGUUUCCAAUCGGGAUAUUGUGGAGACAGUGUUCAAUCUGCUGGUAGGCGGCCAGUUCGACCUGGAGAUGAACUUCAUCAUCCAGGAGGUGGAGAGUGUGGACUGCAUGGUGGAGCUGCUGGACAGGUGCGAGCCCACCUGCCAGGCGGAGGUGUGGAGCAUCUUCAGCGCCAUCCUGAAGAAGAGCAUCCGCAACCUGCAGGCCUGCACCGAGACCGGCCUGAUCGAGCAGGUCUUGAGCCGCAUCGACAAGACCGACUGCAUGAUCGCCGACCUGCUGGUGGACAUGCUGGGGGUGCUGGCUCGCUACAGCAUUACCGUGAAGGAGCUGAAGCUGUUCUUCAGCAAACUGCAAGGAGAGAAAGGCUGCUGGCCUCCACAUGCUGUGAAGCUGCUGUCUGUGCUGAAGUGCAUGCCACACAGGACUGGGCCCGACUCCUUCUUCAGCUUCCCAGGGAAAAGUGCAGCAGCCAUCGCUCUUCCUCCCAUCGCUAAGUGGCCUUACCUAAACGGCUUCACCUUCCACACCUGGCUGCGGAUGGACCCCAUCAACAACCUGAACGUGGACAAGGACAAGCCGUACCUGUACUGUUUCCGCACCAGUAAAGGCAUGGGCUACUCGGCCCACUUCGUGGGCGGCGUUUUGAUCGUCACCUCCUUAAAGUCCAAAGGGAAGGGGUUCCAGCACUGUGUGAAGUACGACUUCAAACCGCAGAAGUGGUACAUGGUGACGAUAGUGCACGUCUACAACCGCUGGAAAAACAGUGAGAUCAGCUGCUACGUCAACGGCGAGCUGGCGUCGUACGGGGACAUAACCUGGCUCGUCAACACCAGCGAUACGUUCGAUAAGUGUUUCCUGGGCUCCUCGGAGACGGCAGACGCUAACAGGGUGUUCUGCGGCCAGAUGGGGGCGGUGUAUCUGUUCAGCGAAGCCCUCAGUGCUGCCCAGAUCCUGGCCAUCUACCAGCUGGGGCCCGGGUACAAGGGCACGUUUAAGUACAAGGCGGAGAGCGACCUCCUGUUCGCUGAGCACCACAAGACGCUCCUGUACGACGGGAAGCUGGCCAACAGCAUCUCCUUCACCUACAACCCCCGCGCCACCGACACCCAGCUGUGCCUCGAGUCUUCGCCCAAGGACAACGCUUCCAUCUUCGUCCACUCGCCCCACGCCCUCAUGCUGCAGGACGUGAAGGCGGUGGUGACGCACUCGGUCCAGAGCGCGAUGCACUCCAUAGGGGGUGUUCAGGUGCUCUUCCCCCUCUUCGCCCAGCUGGACUGUCUCCAGCACUCCAGCCAGGAGCUGGACACCUCCGUCUGCUGCACUCUGCUGUCCUUUGUGAUGGAGCUGCUGAAGAACUCUGUGGCUAUGCAAGAGCAGAUCCUGGCCUGCAAGGGCUUCCUGGUGAUCGGGUACUCCCUGGAGAAGUCUUCCAAAGUCCAUGUGACCCGGCCCGUGUUGGACAUCUUCCUGGCCUUCGCCCGUUACCUGAGCAACCUGCCGAACGGUAUCCCGCUGCUCAAACAGCUGUGCGACCACAUCCUGUUCAACCCCAACAUCUGGAUCCACUCUCCAGCCAAGGUGCAACUGGCGCUGUACACCUACCUGGCGACGGAGUUCAUCAGCACGGCCACCAUCUACAACUCCGUCCGCAGGGUGGGCACGGUACUGCAGGUCAUGCACACGCUCAAGUACUUCUACUGGGUGGUGAACCCCCAGGACCGCAGUGGGGUGACGGCCAAAGGGCACGAAGGCCCCAGACCCAAUCACAAGGAGCUGCUGUCCCUGAGAGCCUUCCUGCUGCUGUUCGUCAAGCAGCUCAUCAUGAAGGACCAUGGUGUGAAGGAGGAUGAGCUGCAGAGUAUUCUUAACUAUCUUCUCACCAUGCAUGAGGACGAUAACCUCAUGGACGUGCUGCAGCUGCUCGUGGCUCUGAUGUCUGAGCAGCCGGGGCCCAUGGUGCAGGCCUUCGACCAGCGCAACGGGAUACGAGUCAUGUAUAAGCUGCUUGCAUCUAAAAGUGAAGGGAUUCGAGUGCAGGCUCUCAAAGUGCUGGGCUACUUCAUGAAGAAUUUACUGCCCAAGAGGAAGUCAGAGGUCAUGCAAACCCACGGCCUCUUCUCCCUGCUGUCCGAGCGUCUCAUGCUUCAGACGAACCAGGUCACCAUGACCACGUACAACGUCCUGUUUGAGAUCCUGACAGAGCAGAUCUGUACACAAGUGAUUCACAAACAGCACCCUGACCCAGAUUCCAGUGUCAAGAUUCAUAACCCACAGAUCCUGAAGGUGAUCGCCGCGCUGCUGAAGAACUCGCCGCAGAGCCCGGAGAGCGGGGAGGUGCGGAAGGUCUUCCUGUCCGACAUGAUCAAGCUGUUCAACAACAGCCGAGAGAACCGGAGGAGUCUGCUGCAGUGCUCCGUGUGGCAGGAGUGGAUGCUGUCCCUGUCCUACAUCAGCCCGAGGAGCAGCGAGGAGCAGAAGAUCACGGAGAUGGUGUACGCCAUCUUCCGCAUCCUGCUCUACCACGCCAUCAAGCACGAGUGGGGGGGCUGGCGUGUGUGGGUGGACACGCUGUCCAUCACCCACUCCAAGGUGUCUUUUGAGCAGCACAAAGAGAACCUGGCACGUAUGUUCAGGGAGUACCAGAGGCUGGGAUCGGAGGGGCAAGGCCGGAUCAGAACCGUCUCCGGGGCAAGCAGCGAGGCGGAGGCGUUCACUCGCUCCGGCAGCCUGCGGGGAGUGGAGGGGAGGGCCCCGUCGACCGUGAUCGCGCAGACUGUGGAGGCUGGAGCGACCGCCGCCGCAGGCUCUGGAGAAGGCUCCCCGGCAGAAACUGCGGUCUCCGUUUCGGACAUCUUCAGCAGAGCCCCCGAGGAGGAGAAGCCCAACCAGGACCAGGGAGGUUUGGGGUCCCAGGACUCGACUGUGGAUUCUGGGAAUCUCGCAGAGCAAGCUGCCACAGACGAGCGCAAAGAUGGAGCCGAGCAGGAUACGCCGACCGCGGCCUCGGCUGAGUCCCUGAGAGACGUUACAGACGGCACCAAAGAGGAGAUGACGACAGCGGAAAAGGCAGGAGGCACUGGAGAGAAGGAGGAAGAUGCUGUGAUCGAGAAGGUAGAAGCUGUGUCCAGUGUGGAAAGUCAAGUUGAGAAGGUAGAAGCUGUGUCCAGUGUGGAAAGUCAAGUUGAGAAGGUAGAAGCUGUGUCCAGUGUGGAAAGUCAAGUUGAGAAGGUAGAAGCUGUGUCCAGUGUGGAAAGUGAAGCUGUCACUGACAAGGUAGAAGCUGUGACCAAUGAACAGAUUGAAGCUGUGGUUGAGCAGGUAGAAGCUGUAACCAGUGUGGAAAGUGAAGCUGUCACUGACAAGGUAGAAGCUGUGACCAAUGAGCAGAUUGAAGCUGUGGAUGAGAAGGUUGAAGCUGUGACCAAUGAGCAGAGUGAAGCUGUGGUUGGGCAGGUAGAAGCUGUAACCAGUGUGGAAAGUGAAGCUGUCAUUGACAAGGUAGAAGCUGUGACCAAUGAGCAGAUUGAAGCUGUGGAUGAGAAGGUUGAAGCUGUGACCAAUGACAGUGAAGCAGCAGUUACAGCAGAUGUUGGGUCAUCUGAACCUGUGAAGGACCAGGUGGCUGAAACUGUGCCAGACACUUCUGCCGAUGUGGAGAGCAGCGAGACCCAGUCAAAGGGAGAGGAUCUUGGCGAGGAAGGUGCGAGAGAGGCCAUUCCUCCCACCAAGGCCAGGGAUGACAGCCUGGAAGAUGCCUCCUUUGUGUCUGCCGCUACGACCAUACGAGAGGAUGAGGAAGAUGACCAAAGCAACGUUGCUACUGGAAAGCCUUGUGAUGAAGAGGUGGAGCCUGUGGCACUGAAGGAGACUGACCAUCCUGUAGAAUCCCCUGAGACGGUGGAGUCCCCCAGCACAGACACAGUGGCACAGCCUGCUGAAGCCACAGACCCCCCCAGCACUGAGACAGUGGAACAGUCCAGUGACUCCGCUGACUCCCCUGGCACUGAAGGAGUGGAACAAGCCACAGAAACUGCAGACCCGCCCUGCAUAAGUGCUGUGGAACAGGCCUCUGAACUAGAGGAUUUUCACAGUACCAAGGAAGGGGAACAGCCUGUUGAAACCGCAAAUCCCCCCAGUACAGAGACAGUGGUACAACCUAUUGAAACGGUGCCCCCCUCAAGUACGGAGACAGUGGAACAUCCUGUCGAAACAGUGACCCCGUCCAGUACAGAGGCAGUGGUACAGCCUGCCGAAAUGCCAAGCCCCCUCAGCACAGAGACAGUGGAACAGUCUGCCGAAACAGCGAGCACCCCCAGCACAGAGACAGUGGUACAGCCUACUGAAACAGUGACCCCCGCCAGCACGGAGAUGGUGGUACAGCCUGUCGAAACAACAAGCCCCCCCAGCACAGAGACAGUGGUACAGUCUGUCGAAACAGUGACCCCCACCAGCACAGAGACAGUGGUAGAGCCUGUCGAAACAGUGACCCCCGCCAGCAUAGAGGCAGUGGUACGGCCUGCUGAAGCAGCGAGCCCCCCCAGCACGGAGAUGGUGGUACAGCCUGCUGAAGCAGCGAGCCCCCCCAGCACGGAGAUGGUGGUACAGCCUGCUGAAACAGUGACCCCCGCCAGCAUAGACACAGUGGUACAGCCUGCUGAAGCAGCGAGCCCCCCCAGCACAGAGAUGGUGGAACAGGUGGCCUCAUCAGAGAACGAAGUGGGGGAGAGCAGCACCAAAGAGAGCAAGAUUGCCCGGCUAGAUGUGUCCAGUGUGGCCUCGGACACAGAGAAGCUGAAACUGACGGAGCAGUCAGCGGCUGAGGACACCAGCGGCGCUCCGGCUGCUGUUCCCGCUCCGGCAGCUGCUCCCACCACUGGUUCCACCGCUGGUCCCACCGCUGCUCCCACCGCUGCUCCCACCGCUGCUCCGGCCGCUCCCGGGGCGGAGGGGCCCUCCGCGGGGCGCUCCACCAUGUUCCGCAUCCCGGAGUUCCGCUGGUCCCACAUGCACCAGCGGCUGCUCACCGACCUGCUCUUCUCCAUCGAGACCGACGUUCAGAUGUGGAGGAGCCACUCUGCCAAGACGGUGAUGGACUUCGUCAACAGCAGCGAGAACGUCAUCUUCGUGCACAACACGGUGCACCUGGUGUCGCAGGUGGUGGACAACAUCGUCAUGGCCUGCGGAGGCAUCCUCCCACUGCUCUCAGCUGCCACGUCCUCCUCCCACGAGCUGGAGGCCAUCGAGCCGUCUCAGGGCCUGUCGGUGGAGGCCUCGCUCACCUUCCUGCAGCGUCUCAUCAGCCUGGCUGACGUGCUCAUCUUCGCCAGCUCACUCAACUUCACCGAGAUCGAGGCCGAGAAGAACAUGUCCUCCGGGGGCAUCCUGAGGCAGUGCCUCCGCCUGGUGUGUGCGGUUGCUGUGAGGAACUGUCUGGAGUGUCAGCAGCGCUGCAGCCUGAAGGCCAGCGGGGAGAACGCCCGGGGCCAGAAAGGCAUGCAAAGCCUCAUGGGAGCCGGGAAGUCUGGUCCCGCACAGAGUCCAGUGGACAUGGUGACAGGGGGAGUGUCUCCUGUUAGUGACCUGGACCGACUGCUGCAGGACAUGGACAUUAACCGCCUGCGUGCUGUGGUCUUCAGAGACAUAGAAGACAGCAAGCAGGCUCAGUUCCUGGCCCUGGCUGUGGUCUACUUCAUCUCCGUCCUGAUGGUGUCUAAGUACCGGGACAUCCUGGAGCCCCAGAACGACAGGAGGCCGGUCCAGCGCUCUCAGUCCACCAGGAGCGCAGAUGCGGGGAGGGGUGGGGCGGGGCUGGAGCAGGACAGUGGGCUGUCCCUCAGGAGAAGAGACUCCGGGAUUGGUGAGGAGCAGGUGUCCGUCGCCGUGAGCGACGCAGACUUCGCGGCGGGCGGGGCCUCGGGGCCGGACGCCAUCAGCGAGGCUCUGUCCACGCUCUCCUCGGAGGUGAAGAAGAGCCAGGAGGCCUCCUCUUCCUCCUCCUCGUCCUCUUCAUCGCAGGGAAAGAACGUCAACGUCAAAGACAUCCUGCGCAGCCUGGUGAGCGCGCCGGCCGAUGACGUGGUGGUGGACCCCAGCCUGCUCCCGCCCGCCUUCCUGGGGGCCGUGGGGGACGCCGCCAAGGACCAAUCAGUGCAGUUCCGCUCCUUCGACAGGAGUGUUGUGGUCGCACCUAAAAAGGCAGGGGGAGCACCAUCGGGGGUCACGUCUGUCACCAGCCCCACCCAAGCUCCGGCCGGCACGCCCGUCAACAACGUCGCCGUGGUUUCCUCAGGAGAGCCCGCCCAGAGUGCCACUGCUGAGGCCACUGCAGGAGGCGCCAGUGGGAGUCACAACCUCCCGGCUGUUCCCGCAGUGCCCCCGCUGGUCCAGGAGGACUCUGCGUCCAGUAUGAGCAUCUCGGAGAGGCUGGAGCACGCCCUGGAGAAGGCCGCUCCCCUGCUGAGGGAGAUAUUCGUGGACUUCGCCCCCUUCCUGUCCCGGACGCUCCUGGGAAGCCACGGGCAGGAGCUGCUCAUCGAGGGCACCAGUCUGGUGUGUAUGAAGUCCAGCAGUUCUGUGGUGGAGCUGGUCAUGCUGCUGUGCUCUCAGGAAUGGCAGAACUCCAUCCAGAAGAACGCAGGCCUGGCCUUCAUCGAGCUGGUCAACGAGGGGAGACUGCUGAGUCACACCAUGAAAGAUCACUUGGUGCGGGUGGCGAAUGAGGCUGAGUUCAUCCUCAGCAGACAGCGGGCGGAGGACAUCCACAAACACGCCGAGUUUGAGUCCCACUGUGCGCAGUACGCGGCCGAGAAGCGGGACGAGGAGAAGAUGUGCGACCACCUGAUCCGAGCCGCCAAGUACCGCGACCACGUGACCGCCACGCAGCUCGUCCAGAAGAUCAUCAACAUCCUGACUGACAAGCACGGCGCCUGGGGAAACUCCGCCCUCAGCCGUCCGCGGGAGUUCUGGCGCCUGGACUACUGGGAGGACGACCUGCGUCGACGGCGGCGCUUCGUGCGGAACCCCUUCGGAUCCACGCACUCGGAGGCAGCGCUCAAGGCCGCGGCUGAGAACGAGUUGAGAGUUACGGCCCCCGAGGAAGAUGUCCUCAAAGGCAAACAGUCAAUCAGGAGUCAAGCUUUGGGAAAUCAAAACUCGGAGAGCGAGAUAUCAUUGGACGGAGAUGAUGACACUUUGUCGUCCUUGGAGGAUAAAGAGCUGGAAAACCUAACGGGGCCAGUGAACCUUAGCACCGGGGCCCAUCUGGUCGCCCCUGCGGUCGUGGUGAAAGGGACGUUGUCCGUCACAGCUUCCGAGCUGUACUUCGAGGUGGAUGAAGACGAACCUAGCUUUAAGAAAAUCGACCCAAAGAUUCUGUCCUAUACUGAGGGUCUGCAUGGGAAAUGGCUCUUCACCGAGAUCCGAGCCGUCUUCUCCAGACGCUAUCUCCUGCAGAACACCGCCCUGGAGAUCUUCAUGGCCAACAGGACUGCUGUCAUGUUCAACUUCCCAGACACCUCCACCGUGAAGAAGGUUGUCCACAGCCUCCCACGAGUAGGGGUGGGCACCAACUUUGGGCUCCCCCAAACCAGGCGAAUCUCACUGGCCAGCCCCAAGCAGCUUUACAAGGCCUCCAACAUGACCCAACGCUGGCAGCGCCGAGAGAUCUCCAACUUCGAGUACCUCAUCUUCCUCAACACCAUUUCAGGCCGGACCUACAAUGAUUUAAACCAGUACCCUGUUUUUCCCUGGGUGAUCACUAACUAUGACAGUGAGGAGCUGGACCUGACCCUACCCAGCAACUACAGGGAUUUAUCCAAGCCCAUCGGUGCUUUGAACCCCAAGAGGGCGGCCUUCUUUUCGGAGCGCUUUGAGACGUGGGAGGAUGACCAGGUCCCCAAAUUCCACUAUGGGACCCACUACUCCACCUCCAGCUUCUCCCUCAUGUGGCUGAUCAGAAUGGAGCCCUUCACCACCUUCUUCCUCAACUUCCAAGGAGGGAAAUUCGACCACGCCGACCGGACUUUCUCCUCCGUGUCCCGAGCCUGGAGGAACUGCCAGAGAGACACGUCUGAUGUGAAGGAGCUGAUCCCGGAGUUUUACUACCUCCCGGAAAUGUUCGUCAACUCCAACAACUACAACCUGGGAGUGAUGGAGGAUGGGACGGUGGUGUCUGACGUGGAGCUGCCCCCCUGGGCCAAGACCCCCGAAGAGUUUGUGCGCAUUAACAGACUGGCCCUGGAGAGCGACUUUGUGUCCUGCCAGCUGCACCAGUGGAUCGACCUCAUCUUCGGCUACAAGCAGCAGGGCCCAGAGGCCGGCCGCUCCCUGAACGUCUUCUACUACCUGACCUACGAGGGGGCGGUCAACCUCAGCUCCAUCAGCGACCCCAUGCUGAGAGAGGCGGUGGAAGCCCAGAUCAGGAGUUUCGGACAGACGCCCUGUCAGCUGCUGAUUGAGCCUCACCCCCCGAGGAGUUCGGCCAUGCAGGUGACACCGCUGAUGUUCACGGAGCAGAUGCAGCAGGACGUCAUCAUGGUGCUCAAGUUCCCCUCCAACUCGCCGGUGGCCCACGUAGCCGCCAACACGCAGCCCAACCUCUCCGCCCCCUCCAUCAUCACCGUCACCGCCAACCGCCUCUUCGCCGUCAACAGGUGGCACGGCCUGGCGGGUCAUCAAGCGUCCUCAGUCCAGGAUCCUCAGUACCAGCUGCCCGUGGAAAUCGACCCUCUGAUAGCCAGUAGCGUAGGGGCCCAUCGGAGGCAGAUAACGGACCUCCUGGACCAGAGUAUCCAGGUGCACUCCCAGUGCUUCAUCAUCACCGCCGACAACCGCUUCAUCCUGGUGUGUGGCUUCUGGGACAAGAGCUUCCGCGUCUACACCACCGACACAGGGAAGCUGUCCCAGAUCGUGUUCGGCCACCGGGACGUGGUGACCUGCCUGGCCCGGUCUGAGUCCUACAUCGGGGGAGACUGCUACAUCCUCUCAGGGUCCCGGGACGCCACACUCCUGCUCUGGUACUGGAACGGCAAGAGCUGCAGUGUGGGGGAGACCUCCAGCACAGAGUUUGUGACUCCCAGAGCCAUCCUGACGGGGCAUGACUGUGAGAUCACCUGUGCUACAGUGUGUGCUGAGCUCGGCCUGGUCAUCAGUGGCUCCAAGGAGGGGCCCUGUCUGAUCCAUUCCAUGAAUGGGGACCUGUUGAGGACCCUUGAGGGCCCGGCCAGCUGCCUGAGGCCCCGGCUCAUCCAGUCGUCCACAGAGGGCCACUGCGUGGUGUACUACCACCCGGGCCACUUCUGCGUCUUCAGCGUCAACGGCAAGAUGCUCGGGCACAUGGAGGUGGAGGAGAGCAUCAAGAGCAUGCUUCUAAGCCGGGACGGGCAGUACCUGCUGACCGGGGGAGAUGGGGGAGUGCUGUGUGUGUGGCAGGUCCAUGACCUCAAACAGCUCUUCACCUACCCGGGCUGCGAUGCAGGCAUCCGCUCCAUGGCCAUGUCACAUGACCAAAGGUGCAUAAUCACGGGCAUGGCGUCUGGCAGCAUAGUGCUGUUCUACAACGACUUCAACAGGUGGCACCACGAGUACCAGACGCGAUACUGAGUCCUCGGCUGAAGAAGGGGCCCGCCUGCAAUCCUGCCGUUUGCCAGUAGAGGCACUACUGCGUCCUACUUACUGAAAUCUGAAUGUAACUGAAACAAUAUGAAACCAAGCAAACUAUUUUUAAAAUGCUCAUUGCUAUAUUUUGUAGAUCUUGCUGAAUUUCGUAUAAUGUCAAAUAUGGUAGGGGCUCGGUAAAUGCGCGGAGUGGGUGUGCGAAACUGACAAAAGGUCUAUUUUUAGCUGUAAAAGUCUAUUUUCAGCUCUGCUCUCCGAGGAUAAUGAGGGUGUCGGCGGUUAAAAAGCUAAUUAUAUUUGCAUAUAUUGUCUUAAAGAAUAUAUACAAUGUGCUUCUACGGUUUUUGUGUGUGUUGGGGGAGCGGUUUUCUUACGUGUGAUCAAGGAAAAAGGUUCGUGUGUAAUCAGUGAACUUGGUCUCGGUUCUCUCCUGCUGUGUGUACUACUGAAGGCAACAGAGAAAGAGCAGCACUCAGUCUCGUGGGCUUUGCACACCGUCUCUCAAUGUGGAAAACAAAAGCGAUCGACAAGGGACUUAUUCUAUUUUGCAUAUCAAUUUUGUUUUGACCUCAAGUUUUCCCUUUUGUAUUUUUAUAAAUAUAUAUAUAUAAAUUAUAUAUAUCUUGCAUUUCUAUUCUUGAUAUGCUCUUCAGAGGAUAAUCGUGAAGUUUCUGAAGAGCCGGUUUUGAAUGGAUUUUUUUUGUUGAAGGUAGCACUAGCCAAAUAUCGCCACGUGUGUGAGUGUAGACUCCGAUUGUGGUCAAGGUGCAUUUCGUACAGUGCGUAUGUGUGGAUCUUUCUGGGUAAAAUUAUGCACUAGUGACUGUCAUAGAUGUACCCAUGUACCAGGCUUCUUUGUCAUGGUCAUUUCCUGUGCAUCCCCCUCUGUUUCAGCAUGUCUGUCAUUUGUAUGUGUAAUAUAAAUCUAUCACGUGCUAUAAACUGCAAAAGAAGCCUGUCUUAACAAGUGUUUUAGUCUUGUAAUGAGACUUAAAUUCUCCUCUCAAGUAGGAAAGAUUAGCUUGUCACUGUUUUCUUGGCAAGUGAAAUCUUCUUACACCAUUGGCGCAUCUUGAAACUGUCUCACCUCAUUGGCAAUAUUUUUGUGUUAUUUAACAAAAAUGUUUAUGUGUCAAUAUAAGACUAAAAUACUUGUUCAGAUUGAUUUCUAGUUUUUGCAGUGUGAUGAGGGUUCACUGAGAAACUUCCCUAGUUCGGCUUUUUCUGCAGCCUGCAAAGUAGGAGGUUGUGCUCUUUAGUUUUCUGCCUCCAGCGGUUAGCCGUAGGAAGAGAGGUCUGUGCGGAAACAUCACCAUGAUGCUGUGUCCCGUUCAGAAGAAGGAAUUCAUCCUUCCAUAUCAAACAAAGCAAGCAAUGAGUCUUAGGCAGAAGACUGCUUAAACCAGUGGUUUAAGAGAACCAAUAAGCCACAGAUAGCACAGAGUUUUGAUUGGUCCACAAAGCCUUGCUUGUUCAUUGACUGAAGACAUUCCAUUGGAUUCCAUCGUGGGGCCUCUUCCUCCCUCGCGUAGCCUACCCAUUAGCGUUUCUGAGAGUCUGUUCAAAAGGACACACCCGUUAGUGCUUCUGAUGGACUGUUGGAUGAGACGCACCUAGCGUAGCCUACCUGUUAGUGCUUCUGAUGAACUGUUCGAUAAGAGACCUAGGUUAGCCUACGUGUUAGUGCUUCUGAUGGACUGUUGAUAAGAGCACAAACUGCCUUGCCCCACUCUGCACUGUUCACCCCUCAACAAUACUGUUUAUCUGUCCGUCAUCAAAUAUUUUGGUAGCUGAUUUUGGAAUGAGGCAUAAUAAUUUUUUUUGUUGUGUGUGCGUGGUGAUUUUGAACAAUAAAAACAAAUGCAAUAGAAACUA